GGGAGGCCCGGGGGGUAGCGGGGCCGGUGUUUCCUCCUCCUCCUCCGCCGCCGCUUCCUCCUCGUCGUCCGCCGCUUCAGCCGCCGCCUCAGCCGCCGCCGCUCCUCAGCCGCCGCACGAAGCCUCCGAGGAGUUGGAGGAGGAGGCGGGUUUAGGGGACGGGGAUCCCGGAGAUUCCGCCAUCGAGGACCCGGAGCUGGAGGCCAUCAAGGCCCGGGUGCGGGAGAUGGAGGAAGAGGCGGAAAAGCUGAAAGAGCUGCAGAACGAGGUGGAGAAGCAGAUGAACAUGAGCCCCCCUCCGGGCAACGCCGGCCCGGUCAUCAUGUCGCUGGAAGAGAAAAUGGAAGCCGACGCUCGCUCCAUCUACGUGGGCAACGUGGAUUACGGGGCGACGGCGGAGGAGCUGGAAGCCCAUUUCCACGGCUGCGGCUCCGUCAACCGCGUCACCAUCCUCUGCGACAAGUACAGCGGCCACCCCAAGGGGUUCGCCUACAUCGAGUUCUCAGACAAGGAGUCGGUGCGGACGUCGAUGGCGCUGGACGAGUCGCUGUUCCGCGGGCGGCAAAUUAAGGUGAUCCCCAAACGCACGAACCGUCCCGGCAUCAGCACGACGGACCGGGGGUUCUCCCGCGCGCGGUACCGGGGACGCGGCGGGGGGUUCGGCGCCGCUCGGGCGCGUUUCUACAGCGGCUACGGCCGCCCGCGGGGGCGGGCCUACAGGGGCCGGGCCAGAGCCACCUCAUGGUACACCCCCUAUUAGGGGGGGAUCCCCCUCCCCCCCUCCCCUCCCUGCCCCUCCCCCCUCCCAUCCCCCACCC